UGUUCAUUUGGUCCGUGAAUUCGAUUAGCAAUUUCAAUUAAUUUUUUAAACCAAGUUGCAACAAUCUAUACACACACACACACACACACACAAAUGUGCCACACAUAGAUCAGUUGAAAUCAUAAAUAAACAUCAAAAUUGGCCAAUUUGUUUAAACAAAGUAAACAGAUCUUCAAAUUAUAUUCCAAUAUAUAUAUUACUAUUUCUCUUCUGUUGGAAUUUGUGUGUCAUUUUAUUUUAAAAUAGCAACCAACGAAAAAUGUCAGAGCCUACAGCCCAACAGCAACAGCAGCAGCAACAGCAGCCGCAGAAUGGUAAGGAACGUUCCAAAUCAUCAGAGGAUGAGACACCACGCGAACCAGCACUGGUCAGCAAAGACAUUGAUAUUAAGACUGAAUUGGAAUGCCUGGUGAAAUUAUUAGAUGGCAAACUUUACAAAGAAGAGGAAGUGGUCAUUGAGGAGCUGCAUCAGUAUUUGAUCGAAGACGAUGGCUCCUGGGCAUUGGGUGAUAAUUUUUUGGUUUUCGUUCAACGUGUUCUGCGUGAUUUGCAGACCUUCUCACCCGAUACACGGAUACAUUUGAUACGUACACUGGCCUAUGCGGCACUUAAAGACGAUGUUAUUAUCAUUUUACAUCAAGAUCGCCGGGAUCAUACAUUGAUGAACUUUGCCCAGGACAUUGAGAAGCAUACACCCGAGGAGCAGCAAGCAUGGGCCAUGUUUAUGUGCAAUCUGUUUGAGAAUGUGGGUCCUUCGGAAUGGCUGCUAUAUAUCUCAGAGUGGGAAUACAAUGGCCAGACUACCUCAAAUAUACGAGUCACCACCAAAGUUGCUGUCCAUUGUAUUCUCUCGAAUUGCCCUCAAUUGAAGAAUCUCGGCACCAUGAUACUCUACAACAUAGCCAUUAAGGAAGUUAAGACUGUGGUCUUUGAUGACAUUGCCGUGGAACUAGCCAUGGCUAUUCUACAGUUCUUCCAGAGCAGCCCAAAUGAAGAUCAAAUCUUUCGCUCACUAAAAGCCUUGGCCCGUUUUGUAGAGGUAUCCGCUGACGUUCCUAUGAUCAUUCAAAUGAUUGGCCCGCAUCCAAAACAAUUUGCCGGCAAAAGCGAACGUGUCGAUGAGCUAGUCAAGAUUAUAAGUCGCAAAGUCCCUGCCUAAGAGGAGGCUAGGAACGUACACAGGACUCAAGAACUCUAACCAUACAUAUACAUACAUAAAUUUAGAACUUUCAUCUCUGUAAAGCAUUUUAGCUACACAAUAAACAUUUCUAUCCCAUCUA